AUGCUGUCGAGACCAAAGCCAGGGGAGUCCGAGGUGGAUCUACUGCACUUCCAGAAUCAGUUUCUCGCAACUGGUACAGCCCCAGCAGUAUGCUUGGUCAAGAAAGGAAGUAGGAAAAGUGGUGAUGCUCACCUGGACCAACGUCCACUGAAGGAUCAUCGGGAUGUGGUGAUGUUGGACAAUCUACCAGAUGUGCCCCCAGCUCUGGUCCCUGCUCCCCCAAAGAGAGCCAGAGCCAGCCCCGGCUGCCCCCUGCCAGAGGAUGAGAAUGCUGAGGAGUGGCUGAACAGGCACGAUGAACACAUCACUGCUGUCUUGACUAAGAUUAUUGAACGAGACACAAGUUCAUUGACUGUGAAACUGCCUGUGUCCAGUGGUGUUGCCUUCCCCCCGGUUUUCCACCGCUCACAGGAGAGACAGGGAAAGCCGGCGGUAUCUGGUAAGAGAAGCAUCUUUGCCCAAGAGAUUGCAGCAAGGAGGGUGUCUGAAGCCAGGGUCUUACCAGCUGGAGAAGUUGUGCCUACCAGGGACCUAGCAGAGGGUGCUGUGACAUAUGAGGCACCCACUCCUGAGGACCAGAGCUACCAGCUUCUGGGGAGCGGCCACAGCUUCCAGGGACCACACCUGGUCACAGGGAAGGGGCUCACAGGCCAGAAGGCUGAACAGGAAGUGCAGACUAUCCAUAAGGAGAAUGUAGCGAGACUACAAGCCAUGAGUCCUGAGGAAAUCCUGCAGGAACAGCAGUGUUUGCUGGCUCAGCUUGAUCCCAGCUUGAUUGCCUUCUUGAGAUCUCACAGCCACACCCCUGAGCAAGUAGGAGAGAAGACCACAGAGGGGCAGAAGCCUGGAGGACCUUCUGCUGAGGUCAUCAGAAAGAAGCCCACUAUGCCAACUUCUGCCAGUGAGCCCAGGAAAAAGGAUGAACUGGAGCCAGGAGCCACAGCUCUGGCACUGCCCAUGACCCCCCAUAAGGAAUGGCUGCACAUGGACACUGUUGAGCUGGAGAAGCUCCAUUGGACCCGGGACCUGCCCCCACUCCGGCAGCAACAGACACAGGAGAGGAUGCAGGCCCGAUUUAGUCUUCAGGGAGAGUUACUGGCCCCUGAUGUGGACCUGCCCACCCACCUGGGUCUGCACCACCAUGGAGAGGAGGCAGAGAGAGCAGGAUACUCUCUCCAGGAGCUGUUCCACCUGACCCGCAGCCAGCUUUCCCAGCAGAGGGCACUAGCGCUGCAAGUGUUGGCCCAGAUCAUUAGCAGGGCCCAGGCUGGUGAGUUUAGGGGCCAGCUGGUGGGCAGCGUCUUGCGCCUCCUUUUGGAUGCUGGUUUCCUCUUCUUACUACGCUUCUCCCUGGAUGACAGAGUGGAUGGAGUCAUUGCAGCCGCAGUCCGGGCCCUCCAGGCUCUGUUGGUGGCCCCUGGAGAUGAGGAGCUUCUAGACAGCACCUUCUCCUGGUACCAUGGCGCUUCGGUGUUCCCACUGAUGCCCAGCCAGGAGAACAAGGACGACGAGGAUGAAGAUGAAGAGCCCCCAGCAGAAAAGGCAAAAAAGAAAAGUUCUGAGGAAGGAGGCCAGCCCCCACCUGACCUGGCCCGACAUGAUAUCAUCAAGGGACUCCUGGCCACCAACUUGCUGCCUCGGCUGCGUUAUGUGUUGGAGGUGACCUGCCCAGGUCCUGCAGUGGUCCUUGACCUCCUGGCUGUGCUUACCCGCCUGGCCCGGCAUUCCCUAGAGUCAGCCACAAGGGUCCUGGAGUGCCCUCGGCUGAUAGAGACCGUGGUUCAAGAGUUCCUACCUACCAGCUGGGCCCCCGUGGGGGUAGAGCCUAUUCCCAGUCUACACAGAGUGCCCUGUGCUGCUGCCAUGAAGCUGUUUCGUGUCCUGGCCUCGGCUGGCAGGAAUAUCGCUGCCAGGCUGUUGAACAGCUUUGAUCUUCGGAGCCGUCUGUGCCGCUUCAUAGCUGAGGCGCCCCAAGAACUGUCCUUGCCCCCAGAGGAAGCUGAGAUGCUGAGCACUGAAGCUUUCCGUCUAUGGGCUGUGGCCGCCUCCUAUGGCCAGGGCAGUGACCUUUACAGGGAGCUAUACCCAGUACUGGUACAGGCCCUGCGAGCUGUGCCUCAGGAGCUAGCCACCCAGCCCCCUCGACCCCUGGCCAUGCAACGGAUUGCCUCACUGCUCACUCUCCUCACCCGGCUGACUCUGGCAACCAGCAGCACUAACCCUGAGCCCCUCAGUGACGCUGCUGAGGCCAGCCUGUCGGGCAACCCUUCCUUGAUCACUUGGACACAGGUGUCUGGACUCCGGCCUCUUGUGGAGCCAUGUCUGAGACAGACUUUGAAGUUGCUACCCCAACCUGAGACGUGGAAUGCUCUGGGCCCAGUGCCCACAGCCUGCUUGCUCUUCCUGGACGCCUACUACCAGGCUUGGAACCAGCAACCAAGCCUGUGCCCAGGGGAUUGGCUUCAGGACAUGGAAUGUCUGUCGGAGGAGCUGCUACUGCCCCUGCUGAGCCAGCCCACUCUGGGCAGACUGUGGGACUCCCUUAGGCACUGCUCCCCUCGCUGCAACCCACUGUUCUGUGCCCCGGCACCUGAAGCUCUCCCCAGCCUUGUGGCACUGGGCUGUGCAGGAGGCUGCCCCCCUCUUAGCCUGGCUGGUUCAGCCUCACCCUUCCCAUUCCUCACCGCCCUCCUCUCUCUUUGCAACACCCUUUCUCGGAUCCAUAAGGGGCUAUGUGGCCAGCUGGCUGCCGUAUUGGCUUCUCCAGGAUUGCAGAACUACAUCCUCCAGUGUGUGGCUCCUGUGGCUGCUCCACCACUCACACCCUUCUCCGCGUGGGCCUUCCGCCAUGAGUGCCACCUGCAGUACCUGGCAUUCUCUCUGGCUCAGAGAGCGGCAGCACUCCAGCCAGUGCCAGCCACCAAUGCUACCAUUUUUCAUGGUGGGUCCUUGGCCUUGCUGAGCUGGCUCCUGCCCGGAAGCGAGCACCUUGCCCAUGAGCUGCUAUUGAGCUGCGUAUUCCGGCUAGAAUUCCUCCCGGAAAGAACUUCGGGUGGUCCAGAGGCCGCUGACUUCUCGGACCAGCUGUGCCUAGAGAACCAUGGAGAUGCUGGAUGUGGGCGAGGGUCCCUGCUAGCCCAGGCCUGCCAGGACCUCCCCAGCAUCCGUAGCUGCUACUUGACCCACUGCUCACUGGCUCGAGCCAGCCUGCUGGCCUCUCAAGCUUUGUACCGAGGGGAAGCACAGCGACUCCCAGCCCUGCUGCUGCCUGUUCCCAAAGAGCCGCUGCUGCCAACUGACUGGCCCUUCCUGCCAUUGAUCCAUCUUUACCACCGAGCCUCAGACACCCCCUUGGGACCUCCUCUUACUGACACUGUGGGCACAGCCAUGCGGGCCCUGCAGUGGGUACUAGUCCUAGAGAGCUGGCGCCCUCAGGCCCUCGGGACUGUACCUCCUGCCGCCCGCCUGGCACGGCUCAUGUGUGUCUUCCUGGUGGACAGUGAGCUCUUCCGGGAGACCCCAAUACAGCGUCUAGUGGCAGCCCUUCUAGCCCGGCUCUGCCAGCCCCAAGUGCUGCCAUACCUCAACCUGGACUGUCCACUUCCUGGCCUGACAUCUUUCUCUGACCUCUAUACCAGCUUCCUGGAGCAUUUUGAGGCUGUCUCCUUUGGAGACCACCUCUUUGGGGCGCUGGUCCUCCUUCCUCUGCAGCGUCGGUUCAGUGUGACCUUGCGCCUUGCCCUCUUUGGAGAACAUGUUGGGGCCUUGCGAGCUCUGGGCCUGCCUCUGACCCAGUUGCCAGUGUCCCUACAGUGCUACACAGUGCCUCCCGAAGACAACCUGGCCCUCCUUCAACUCUACUUCCGGGCCCUGGUGACUGGUGCACUUUGUCCACAUUGGUGUCCUGUGCUCUACGCUGUGGCUGUGGCUCAUGUCAAUAGCUUCAUCUUCUCCCAGGACCCAAAGAGUUCAGAUGAGGUGAAAGCUGUCCGCAUGAGCAUGCUGCAGAAAACUUGCCUGCUGGGUGACAAGGGUCUCCAGCAGCACAUCCUCCACUAUAAGCUUCCAAAUUCAGCCUGCCCAGAGGGCUUUGAGCUGUAUCCUGAGCUGCCGCCUCUACGUCAGCAGCACCUCCAGGGACUUAUCUCAGGGGUGCUCCAAACUGGGGAACCAAGGGUCUCGGCUCUUCUCCACCGGCCUGGGCCACAGAAACAUUGUGACGGGGCGCACGCGGACAGCAGCGUGGCGGUGACAAUCGGGGCCGCCAGGAGGCAGACAGGCCUGUUGUGGCGAGCGCCUGACAGAUCACAGUGUCGCAGGGUAUUCCGCAGCGACGAUAAGGUCUCAGCCUACAGAGCCGGGGACGGCACGGGCACCAGGAACCCCUGUCACGGGUGCAUGGCGUCGUCUCUGCAGUCUUCUCUCUUCAUCCGCAGGGGGCACCAGGGAGAGGACGCCAGUGCCAGAAUAAAGAGUGCCAAUGGGACAAGGGCUGGGGUGAAGGGCAGCCGGAAGAGCUUACUGGCCUUGGAAAGACUCACCCCACUGAAGAACACGUGGCAGCCAAUAAAACAAGGGGCCCGAGAUCCCGGAGCUGGGCUGCGGGUGGCGGAGGUGCCACCUACAUCUUCAUUUUCCGAAUACUUGCUCGGCUUGGUGCAGGCCGCCUCCGCCCUUAGCGCUCAUCAGCCGGGACACGCCCCAGAGCUCGCCAGUGACCGCGGAGAUAGGCGGGCUUGUGCGCUCUCCUGGCUGCUCGCCAUACUGCUGUCGUCCCGCAUGUCAUGUCGAGGGGGCGAUUGGACGUCACCAGACCCCUCACCACAGGCGGGUAGUUCAUUGUCCGAGAUCUUGCUAGAACUCUGUUCUCAUCAGGAUGAUGUAGAUUUCCUCAGGGAGGCACCGGAGGCAGGAAGCAGGAGCGAAAAGAUCCUUGCCAUGUAUCCUGAGACCUGCAAGGUCCAAAGUCAACCAUCCCCUUUAGCCAUGCAGGACCUGCAGCAGAUGGCCUACAACAUUGCCCAUGGCCGCCACUACUGGAAGAAAGUCACUUCAUCCAUAGGUUUGGGGCUUGGGGGACCCAACCAUAUCUCAGGAGACCUACCCCAGCCCAAUUUCUUCCCCAAGUCCUUUGGGCUGCUGCUCUGGAAGAUCUUCUCACCAAGCUUCAAGCUCUGCCCUGGCUACCCCAACCAGGAGGUUGGCAGCACCAACGUGAGCUCUGCCCUAGCUUUUGCCAGCAUCAUAGACCAUCUUCAAUACUAUUGUACCUAG